AUGGUUACCCUCAAAAUCCACACUGUUGACUUUCCCCAACCCCUUCAGACCACCGGCGCCUCUGGGGCCCCGAAGAACCCUAACAAUUUGAAGCCGGAAGAACUCAGAGGCGUCAUCCACGUAUUUUGGAAACUUUCACACACCUCCACUGGAAUCUCCUUGGCCAAUCCAAGUGCCCGCUCAACUGUACUUUACGUUGUGGCCGUGCCCAACUAUUUAUUCCCAGAUGACUUCCUCCUCUUCUGUGAAUCCUCCUACCUCCCUCACUUCUUGAAAAUCCUCUUCUUCAUAAAUGAUGGAGUGGAGGAUAGGUACAGUGUGUUGAUCAGGUUGGAAAAUCAGCUUUCUGCUGAUGGAUUUUAUUUAAAUUUUAAUGGCAAAAAAUUCAAGCCGUCUGAGGUUGAGGUUUGCCAUGUGUAUUUUGCUCAAUCAGUUAUGUAUACUAUGUCAGCAGAAAUUGCCACUACUCCUCCGCCUGAAUUUGCUGAAUUGCCCACUUGUCCGGUUUGUCUUGAGAGAUUGGACUACGAUACUAGUGGAAUACAGAGUACACUGUGUGACCAUUCAUUUCAAUGUUCUUGCGUUUUGAAGUGGACGUACUUAUCUUGCCCGGUUUGUCGGCUUUGUCAACAAGAUGAGAAACCAGCCUGUUCUGUGUGUGGAACUCUAAACAACCUUUGGGUUUGCUUGAUCUGUGGUUUUGUAGGAUGUGGAAGGUAUGAAAAAGGUCAUGCUAGUGGACACGGGAGUAAUAAACAGCAUCGCUUUUCACUUGAAGUAGAAAAACAACAAAUUUGGGAUUAUGUUGGAGAUAAAUAUGUGCAUCGACUAAAUCAAUCAAAAGUUGAUGGCAAAUCGGUCAUGAAAAGUUCACACUGCAGUUCAGUUGGAGAGUGCGAUACUUGUGGGUGUGAUGGAGGAGCAGAAUUAGAUGGUGCCCUUUUUGACAGCAAAGUUGAAGCGAUUGUGGAUGAGUACAACCAUCUCCUAGCAGGUCAGCUGGAGAUUCAGAGAAAACAUUAUGAAUCUUUACUCGCCAAGGCAAAGAGUAGAAAGGAAAGCUCAAUAGCAAAAGCAGUUGAGAAGGCAAUAUUUUCAAGGACACAUGAUUUACAAGAUAAAUUGGAAAGUUAUGAAGAGGGAAAAAAGGCUGUUGCAGAUAGGAAUCGAAAGCUAAUGAAAAAACAAGAAUUGCAGCAGAAAAAGUUCAAAGCAAUUGAAGAAAGGGAAGGACUCUCUCUCAAAUCCAAGGAGGAAAAAGUCACAGAUCUACAAGAGCAGAUUAGAGACUUAAAAUUUUUUGUUGAAGCCCAGCGAACGGUUGCAAACACGAAAGAUUCAGACAGCAUUAAGGGAGGGACUGUUUUGCCUGUAGAAUCAAAUCUAUCAUCUUCAAGCAACCGAAAAAGACAAACAAAGCCAGGUCGACGACGUAAGUAA